AUGCAUGCCUUGGGCUACCGUUGCAUCACCGCAAUGGACAUCUCUGCAACGGCGAUCGGACUCAUGCAGGCAGGCGACCAGGACAAGGAGGGCAUCGAAUAUAUGGUUGGCGACGCUAGGAAAAUGGAUAGCCUUCCUGACAACUUGUUCGACGGAAUCUUCGACAAAGGAUGUGCGGACUCUUUGAUCUGUGGGUACAGAACGACGGACGACGUGGUGGAUAUGUUCCACGAGUGCUGCAGAGUCCUCCGGCCAUCCGGGGUCUUUUUAUGUGUGUCACACGGAGCCCCGGACGCGAGAAUGCACAUGUUUGAACACGAAGGGCUGCAGUGGCUAACGAACGUCAUUCCGAUUCACGGGUCCGAAGGCCUGAAUGUCUACGUGAGCACCAAGUGGACCCAGGAGGAGAUCGAAGCUGCAGAAAGGCAGCGGUUGGACGACAUAGAGUCGACAAUAUCAAUGCGAACACGCAGCACCACGUUUUCGCACUCGACGCGGUCACGACGGGGUAUCAUGCACCAAAACCGGAUUGUGUAUGCCAUGUGA